AUGAGCAGUUCCUGUGUGACACUGGCCGAGGUCCUGUGGGCAAAAGGAAGCCCUUUGGAGGAAGAAGAAAUAUGGGCACUCUUGUACCUGGCCACAGUGCAGCUUCUGGAGGACCUUCACAAAGACCCUGCCAUCUGUGUGAUUUGUCCAUGGUCAGUACUACUGUCUGCUGAAGGAAAUUUGUCCUUCCAAAACAAUGCAUCUGAGACAGAAGCUGUCCCUUUCAGUGCACCAGAAUUGCUCCACAGACAAAGUACAAACCAGCGCAUUGGACUAACAAAGAUGUUGGUGUAUUCCUUAGGAAUGACCCUCUAUUGGUCAGCAGACUACCAGGUUCCUCCAAACCAGUCCCUCCAGCUGAGUGAUCAACUACACACGCUCUUGCUGACACUAUGUGAAGAUCUGCCACAUAAAAGACUUUCUCCUGAAUCAAUUCUGGAAGCAUGUGAGGCACAUCGGAAGGAAUCUGCUUCCUUACCAGCAAAUGUCUACAUAAAGAAAAUGGUCCAGUUUGCUGUGGGAAGUGUCAGUGAGGUAGAGUGGGUAGUCACCGAAGACAGCACAGCCUCUCAGCUUAACAGAAGUCAUGUGAUAAGGAAAAGACUGCACGAGAAAAUAUCGGACACUUCACCACUCUCCUCCCAGAUGAAUUUUCACCAAGACAAAGGGUCCAGAUUAAUGAAUUAUAGUCGGUCAACAGAAGAUUACAGACAACUCUCCGUGGACUGCAGUGACUCUAAUAGUAUUUCUGAAAGUACGUCUUUGAUACUGUCUAACCGAGGACACAGGAGAGAUAACUCCACGAUGCUGCUGCUCGUGGAGUUUUCUGUUGUGGAAGUAGAAGGGACAGGUUUCAGGCUGUUUUCAGGUCCAGAAUUUGUUAUUUUAUCUAGUGAACCACCAGUGACCUUACAGCUGCCUGGAUCAAUUGUGACUAAAAAAGGGAAAUCCUAUUUGUCCCAAAGGGAUCUCAAUGUGAUUCUACUCAACGGGCAGUGCCUUGAGGUGCAAUGUGACAUCAAGUCCAAGGCAAGAGAUGUUUUCAACACCGUGGUGGCGUAUGCAAACUUGGUGGAACAUUUCUACUUUGGCUUGGCUUACCUGAAAGGUAAAGAAUUCUUCUUUUUGGAUGAGGAGACCAAACUCUACAAAGUGGCCCCAGAUGGCUGGAAUGACCAACCCAAGAAGAAAACCUCCAUCAUUAAUUUCACAAUCUUUCUAAGGAUAAAAUUCUUUGCCAACCACUUUAAUGUUAUCCAGCACAGCUUGACAAGGCAUCAGUUCUACCUGCAGCUUCGUAAAGAUAUUUUGGAGGAGCGAUUAUAUUGCAAUGAUGAGACUGCCCUGAAACUCGGCGCUUUGGCUUUACAGGCAGAGCUUGGCAAUUAUGCUUCUGAGAUGCAUGGAAAGAGCUAUUUUCGUGUUGAAGACUACAUUCCAGCAAGCCGAAUAGAGAAAAUGACCCUGGCGUAUGUACAACGAGAGCUUGCUAAAUUACAUCGUAUGAAUCGUUCCCUGUUUGAGGAUGAAGCUGAACUAGAAUUUUUAAAGGUGACUCAGCAACUUCCUGAAUAUGGAGUGUUAUUCUACCAUGUGUCCCAAGAGAAGAAAGGAGCAGGAGGGGACAUCAUCCUGGGAAUCUGUGCCAAAGGCAUCAUUGUGUAUGAGGUCAAAAAUCACACAAGAAUUGCCAGUUUAAGAUUCCAGUGGCGUGAAACAGAGAGAAUUUCAGCUCAUAGAAAAAAAUUCAUGAUUGAAAGCAGCUUCAGUGGCAAGAAACACACCUUCACUACUGAUACAGCAAAGACAUGUAAAUAUCUACUGGACCUCUGCUCUGCCCAGCACAAAUUCAAUGCACAGAUGAAUUCUAGGCAACUUCGGCAAACUUCAUCAGAGGAAAGUAAAUUUAUGGAAAUGGAGAAAUCAAAUUCCGCAUAUGCAGCUCAGCGUGAACACCUUGCCUUGAUUCAGAGACUGUCUCGUUCAGAGAAUGUGCUCUAUGGAGCAAAUCUGGAAAACCUUUCUGCUGGGAUGAUGAGCAAAUCUUGUGAUAACCUCAGUGUGGAAACCAACAACAGGACUAGAAACAAAAGCAAUCUUGGCAGAUCCACAUCAGGGCUAUCCCAGUCAGAAACGCACAUCAAUUUGAAUGGAAAGCAAAGGAGUUAUGACUACCUCUCUAUCCACUCAACUCAGAACACAAUCAGUGCGCCUGGAUCACCAGCCAUCCAAAAGGAAGUUUUGCUAAGUGGUCUAGAAAGAGAAAUCAUUUGUGUCAGCCUAAAACGUGACCCUAAGAAUGGAUUUGGUUUUGUAAUUAUUGGAGGAGAAAAUGUAGGAAAAUUAGACCUCGGUAUCUUUAUCGCUUCAAUUAUCCCUGGGGGACCUGCAGACAGAGCUGGAAAUAUCAAACCAGGAGGACGACUCAUCUCUGUGAAUAAUAUUAGUCUCGAGGGCGUUUCAUUUAAUACUGCAGUUAAAAUCAUACAGAAUUCUCCCGAUGAAGUGGAGCUCAUCAUCUCUCAACCCAAAGACAUGUAUGAAGAAGGAUUAAAUGAAGAAAAGAAUCUAUCAAGAGGAAACAGCACUAGUGGAUCUGAGAUCUCUUGCGUAGACAGUGGGAGAAAAAAGAUUCAGGAUUGUCAUACAGCUCUCCCCAAAGAACAGGACAUAAAUAUAGACGAACUUGAGAAGGCUCUUUCCUGGAGUUUAGCACCAAAAUUGGGCACUAGGAUUCCAGUUCCUUCAGCUGAUAGCCUGGAUGUGGAGGAAGCUGAUUCUUUGCACUUACCAUCUCCAUCUGAAGCCAAUUCAAAGGAAAUCUAUACUGUGGAGCUUGUUAAAGAAGACGGGACUUUUGGAAUCAGUGUGACUGGUGGAAUUAACACUAGUGUGCGUCACGGUGGGAUAUACGUGAAGUCAAUUAUUCCCAGGGGACCAGCAGAUAAGGAUGGACAAAUAAAGAUAGGUGAUCGUCUGCUGGAAGUAGAUGGCAUCAGCCUCUGCGGCAUCACCCACAAACAGGCUGUGGAACACCUUAAGAAAUCUGGCCAGAUUGCCAAGCUGGUUCUAGAAAGGGGAAACUACCAAUUGGCAGAGCCGUGCCUGACUGCUAGCGACAGAAAGGAGGACCAAUGUGCAGUUGUUUCUGUGGCAACAUCCUUCACAGAUGGCACCAAAGGCUACUGCUUUUUGACAGAUGAUAAUACAUUUGAAGUGAAAUUGACAAAGAAUUCUGGAGGCCUCGGCUUUAGUGUACUGCAAAUGGAAGGAGAUGCUUGUGAACACCUUGGAGGAGCUAUUACCAGGAUCAAAAGACUGUUUCCAGGGCAGCCAGCUGAAGAGAAUGGCGAAAUUGAAGUCGGAGACAUCAUUUUAGCUGUGAAUGGGAAACCUAUUCAAGGACUCUUGUAUCAGGAUGUCCUGCACUUGUUGCGAGGAGCUCCUCCAGAAGUCACACUACUAAUUUGCAGACCACCAAAAGGUGUUCUUCCGGAAAUAGAGCAGAGCGCCCUGACUCCAGCACCAUCUCCAAUUAAGGAGUUUGUGGCAGAAAUGCCAGGCAGUACAGAGGUAGGAAAUAGUAUCGAUCAGUCUACCAGUGAUGGAGGUAGCACCUCUCCAGACCUCGAAGACUGCCUGGAUUCUCCAGUGGCAACAGAUUUCAGUGAGCCUCCUGAAGAGGACAGCUCAACUUACGAAGAGCAGGAAGCUGAGUUUCAAGAGAAGCCCAUACAGAAACUUAUGACUCCCAGGGAAAAUUUCUAUAAGCAUCUUCAGAUGUUUCAUCAAGAAGCUGCCAGUUCUGAAGUCUUCCACUCCCUAGAGGAAGAAGUGAAGCAGAACUGCUACUCACCAUGUGAAUUUGGAUGGGCCAAAAGCCACAUAUUUAAUAAGAGUGAUGACGACCUAUCGAACACAAAAUGUAUGCCUGAAACUCUCUCUCUAACCCCUAUUGAUGAAGAGUAUCUCACUAUCAGCUCAGCAUCUGUGACCUCACUUUCACGGGGAGGAAGCUCCGAGACACUCUCCACAACCAUGGCUACCCCACAACCACGUGUUUGUGGUCCUUUCUCAUCAUCCCUGCCUGCUAGAGAGACACAUGACAGUGACAAUGAAUGGGAAGACUUGGAGGAACUAGAGGAAGAGAAGGAAGAAAAGGAAGAUUGCACUAGGGAAAUGGAGAUCUUUGUGACUUUGACAAAGUCAGAGAACAACGGUUAUGGAUUCUCUGUAGUUCUUAACAAAGUGGACAACUGCCUGUGUGUUGACGAAAUCUUGAAUGACCCUGCCCUGUCUGAUGGAAGACUAAGAAGGGGAGACAGAAUCAUUAUGGUGAAUGGAAUUGAUGUCACAUCUUUACCAUGCAAUGAAGCCCUGACUUUACUGCAAAGCUCUCCUCCUGAUCUGCACCUUGUGGUUGGUCGCGCUGACAGUGAUCCGCAUCCCUCUAUUAGGCCAGAUGAGAUUCCUGAAAUUACUCUCACAAAAGGUGCCAAUGGACAGCUAGGCUUGAAGCUGACAGGAGGAGCUGGAAGCAAGUUACAAGGUAUUUACGUGCUAGAGAUAGUGCCUGGCUCUCCUGCCAGUGUGGAAGGCAGUUUGCAGCCACGAGAUCAGAUUGUUUACAUCUGUGGACUGUGGACUGAGGGCAUUAGCCUGGAUGACGCAGUGAGAGCGUGUGAAGCUGCCACCCAGAACGUCCAAAUCAAAGCCACAAGAAAUGGCAAUCCAGUGGUUCCUAUAGAGCAGGAAAAUAAGAAAUAUUUGGAGGAAACAAACUGUGGUGCUCAGCAAAACACUCCCGAUUCUCCAGACUGUAAGGAAUUUAUUAUUAAGAUUGAGCUGGAAAAAGCAGAAAAUGGAAGCCUAGGAUUUGCACUGGUAGGUGGAAGAAAUGGCAGGGCUAUCCUAAUAAAAGCCAUCAGCCCGGACAGCAUUGCAGAUCUAGAUGGGAGGCUUCAAGUUGGUGAUAUCCUGCUUAAGGUGAAUGAGACUUUCGUGUCUGGUCUGCCACGCCAAAGAGUUAUAGAUCUGCUGCGCCAGGCUCAGGGCACUGUUCAACUCACUGUCUGCAGAAGCACGGCUUUGCAUUGGGCUUAUUCAGGCAAUCAGAGCAACAGUAUACCUUCCCCCUCAAACACAAAAGCAGAGCCUGGCAGAACCUUUGCUUCUGGAGAUGAAUUGACUCAGUUAAUUAACUUUAAACCACCACUGACUGGAGUAGGUCCAAGGACUGGCAUCACAGGUCUUAUUCGAAGCCUUCAGUUGCGGAUUGAGAAUCAAGAGGUGUUAAAGGAGUUUAUGGCUUUAGAACAUGUGAAACCAAUAGAUGAUUGCAGAACUGGCAAAGCACCAGAAAACCAGCAUAAAAACAGAGACCAAGAUAUUCUUCCAUAUGAUAGUACACGAGUUCCUCUGGGAGAAAAGAAUGGCUACAUUAACGCAAGUUACAUUAGAAUGAAAGUUGGAGAAGAGGAACUUUUCUAUAUUAUAACCCAAGGGCCUCUGCCAUCCACUGUGGCUGAUUUCUGGCAAAUGGUCUGGGAGAGUGAAUCAGAUGUGAUUGCCAUGAUGACAAAAGAAGUGGAGCUAGGGCAAGUCAAGUGCCAUCGAUACUGGCCUGAUCCUCCCCGUGACUCUAUAGACCUGGCUAAUUUCCAUCUCAGGCUAGACAAUUACCAGAUUCUGGAAUACUUCAUAAUUAGAACAAUAGAAAUGAUCAACAAGCAGACAGAAGAGAAACGCAUUAUAAAUCAUUUGCAGUUUACCACUUGGCCAGACCGCAAUACUCCCAAGCUGGCUGAGCAGCUUGUAAAAUUUAUUUGUUACAUGAGAAAAGUUCAUAGUACAGGACCUAUUGUUGCUCACUGCAGCACUGGCAUUGGAAGAAGUGGAGUUUUGCUGUGUGUUGAAGUUCUGCUCAGCUACAUAGAAAAAGAUCUAUGUUUCAACAUCAAGCAGAUAGUGAGAGAUCUAAGACAUCAGCGUUUUGGCAUGAUCCAAACUAAGGAUGAGUAUUUUUUCUGUUAUGAAGUUGUGCUGGAAGUCCUUCAGAACCUUCAAGCAAUGGAUUCCUACUGA